AUCUGUGAAGGAGAUUACCUGAGUGCGACUAUGUAAACGUGUAUUAUGUCAUCGUUUCUAGUCAGGUUAUCUUCUUGUCCCGACAUCAAGCUGUCCCGACGACAAAGCAACGCAGGAGAUUGACUCUUCGAAAUAAAAGCAUAUUAUCACACGUUCAGAAGGCCAGGUUGCAGUCCUCCUCGACCAUGAAGAUCACGAUAGGGCUUUUUGCAAUUGCUGCCUUGGUUGUUUUGGCGGACACAAAACCGCGGCCCCGUAACCUUGUCCAGUUUGCUCUGAUGGUAAACAAAGCCACGGGGCGCAGUGCCUUGGAUUUCAACGACUACGGCUGUUAUUGCGGCCUGGGAGGCAAGGGAAAACCGGUGGACGAUUUGGACAAAUGCUGCAAAGUACACGACUUUUGCUACGAAAUGGUUAGCCACGAGGGAUGCUGGAACGCCAAAGUGGGCACCUACGACUACCGUACUAACGGGACAGAUAUCACGUGUGAUUACUACACCAAUGACAACUGUGACUACAUGACGUGUGAGUGUGACAGGGUCGCGGCGCUGUGUUUUGCCAGUAACACCUACAACGACAGUCACAAGGCCAUCAACAGGGACGGAUUUUGUUCAGGUUGAUCUGGACCAAUCACUGUCAUAAAUCUAAUAACUGACUAUUCUAUUUCUGUUGUUGGCUCGAGUCAUAAAACAAUAGUAAAAUAUGUUAUAUUACAG